GAGAAAAACAUUUGGCUAAAAUAUCCAAGAUGGAGAUUCAAUAACUUUCAAGUUCGUCCGACACCUGAGGCCUCACGAAGAGCGGGAGAUCUCUGAAGGACAACUGAAGAAGAAGAUGUUGAGGCGAAGGCCUUCCAAUGCCUCUGAGAAGGAGCAGGUUCAGGGGCAGAAGAAGAAGCUCACUCUGCAGAGAUCCAGCAGCUUCAAGGAUUUCAUGAAGCACAAGCCGACUUCUCCUGUUGUGUCAGAGAAGGAGUUCACCCUGGAGGAGAAUGUGGCAGAGGGAGUGACAACAGAGGAGGCAGUAAAAAGUGGCAGCAAACUCGGAAAGAAAUGGCGCAAUGUCAUCUCACGCACCAUGACUCGAAAAACAUCCAAGAUGGUGCAGAAGGCUCUGGCUGAAGAAGGGGGUGAGAGUGGUGAGGAGCUGUCUCCGGUCUCUUCUGAUUUUCUUCCAGAUCUGAGCGCAGGACAGCGGACGUCUGUGUGCUCCACGGGGUCAGAGGACACCAUGCCCAGCCCCAUCACCCGCCAGCUCUCAGGCAGUAGCGACAGACAGAGUCUGGACAGCGGAUACUGCCAGAGGGACAGCAUGAGACUGGAAGAAAACGGCGUCUCUUACAACGGCCCUUUCUGUGGUCGCGCUCUGGUCCACACUGACUUCACUCCGAGCCCCUAUGACGUGGAGUCGCUCAAACUCCAAAAAGGAGACAUCAUCCACAUCAUCGAAAAGCCUCCCGUGGGGACCUGGACAGGAAAGCUCAACAACAAAGUGGGCUCCUUUAAGUUCAUCUACGUCAACCUGCUGCCUGACGAGAGCCCCCCGGCCAGGAGGAGGCGCUGCAACAGCAAGAACAGCCGAUCCAAAUCCAAACCCAAAACCCUGGAGGAGGUCUUAGACAGCAUUGGCCUAAAUGAUCUGAGCUCUUUGCUGUCCAUGCACGGUUUUCAGAGCCUCGAAGACUUUGCAGGCCUGAAAGAGUCUCACCUCAACGAGCUGAACAUCACAGACCCAGACGAGCGCUCCAAGAUCCUGAACGCCUCCGAGCUGCUGAGAGACUCUGAAGACGAGUUGGAGCCAGAAGAAGAGGACAGAUCUGGGGAGGACGCCAAGGAGCCGAGGGACUCUGGCUGCUACGAGAGCUCAGAGAACCUGGAGCCAAAGACGGAGGAGGAACUCCAGGAUGAAGCAUUAAAGGAGCAGACAAAUCAGGAGGAGGCAGAGAAACACGAGCAGCAAGAGGAGAACCAAACAGAGCAGCUGGACGCUCUGCAAGAGGAGCUACAGGAGCUGAUGGUGGACGAAGGAUCUUGAGUAAAGAUGAAGAAUACUUCUUUUAUUCCCGGUUUCUCAGGGACCUUGGACGGAGGUGUAAGACCAUUAAAAAUGUCUCUUCAUCAGAAGAGAGCGGACUGGUGAUAGGAACACGGUGUAAUGUUCACAAACUGAACCAACACGGUGGUCUCCGUUUUCCACAGCUUGCCUGCGCUAUUGAGUGAGCAGCACAGUGUCUCUUUGUCCGCCACAGCCGAGUACAAAGCUCAAGAGAACACGUGAGCAACAUGUGUGGUGUCAUACUGAGGAUUUCAUGUAAAGUGUCUGUUCAUGACCAAUUAAGCAUUUAAAAGUUGUCUCGUUAUUCUCUGUGGCCCUGUCUUAAAUGUUUUUACGUCCACUCUCAAGCAAAUAUGAAUGUAAAAUAAUUUCAAAUAUUUUUCAUGUAACUUGAAUUUAAUUGUUACUUUCGAUGCCUUUUACUUAUGUUACUUUUCACAGAAUUAUGUUGCAUGUUAUCAUGAGGGAGUUUUGCUGUACAUAUAAUUUGAAUAAAACAUAAAUCUCUGA